UGGUAUUUUUAUUUGUUUAAUGUAUAAAAAUGAAAUAAUUUGAAUAUUCCAUUUCCCUGUAUUUCGAUGAUUCACAAAGUCCAUUAAAAUGUCCUGCAAUCAUUGCAAUACCAAAUUCAAUUUUUUUCAUAGGGAGCUUGGAUGUUCGACUUGUGGACUAUCUUUCUGCAGCAAGUGUUUGAAGAAAGGGCCCAAUCUGUGCAAACUGUGUUUUUCAAAAUCAUCCUCUGGGCAGACCUCUGAACAGUCUAAUGUUCCUCCACCAGAUAAAUUCAUCAAGAGAUUAGAAAAUUUACAAAAUCCUACAGUUUCACCAGUAAAGAUUUACAAGCAAGAUGUGGAUUCAGAUGCAUUCAAGAGUGGUCUUAAUGCAAAAGAUAAAGAGUUGGUGGAACGUUUAGAAAAGAUAAGAAAUGAUGGAAAAAGACCUGUACCUAGUGAGUGUGAAAUCAGGCAAAGACUGGCAAAGUUGAAAGGACAGAAUGAAUAUGUAGAAACUUCCAGUAAACCACUUUUCACAGUUGAUAAGAGAACAGACCAAGAAAAGAUUGAUUCACUUUUGGAACAGUUCAAUUCAGAGAAAGACAUUGAAUUGGCUCAUAAUCCUGCAAAUGAGAUUGAAGCCAGAUUAGCUGCUUUGAGAGAACAAGGAGUUAGACCCAAUGAAGGAUCCUAUAUCAGUAAUUUACAAGAUUCUAGUGGAUCAGAAGAAGAGAUUGAUAAAAUCACAAAGAAGAUGGCCGAGGUAGCGCUGGAAGAGAAGCUGCCCUCCGACCUAGCCACGCCCCCAGAUCUAGCCACGCCUCCUGACCUAUCCACGCCUCCCGACAUGACCACGCCCCCAGUAAAAGAUGGCGACCUAGUGAAUGACACUGUAUAUCCGGGAAAAAAAUUAUUUAUAAAAAGUGACAUUUUACAACCUGUCAACAGAGAUGAAAUGUCAAACUUUUUCCAAAACCUUCGAACAUUCCCUUUUUCUCAGGUGAUGGCCGAGGUAGCGCUCGAAGAGAAGCUGCCUCCCGACCUAGCCACGCCCCCAGACCUAGCCACGCCCUCCGAGGAGCCCCGCCCCCCUACCGACGAGCUGCCGUGGUGCGUGCUGUGCAACGCCGACGCCGCCUACCGGUGUCUCGGCUGCGACGGCGAUUUGUACUGCGCCGCCUGCAAUAAAGAGGCGCACGACAAUUGGGCGGAGGAGGGGCAUAGGGCGGUGCCCUACAAGGCCGGCCGAUGAGCUGUGUGCUCUUGUUAAGCAGGGAGUGGUUUCGAGUGUUGAAAGCCUUGGGCGGAUGCCUUUCAUUGAUAUGCUGUAUACGGUGUCAUUAUGCAUAAGGUCCGCAUCAUAAUAUGAGAAGAAGUUUUAAUGAAAAUUUCACACCAAACAUUUUCGAUCAAUUUAGAGCCUGUAUUUCGGAUUGUUAACAUAGCAACUGAACAAAUUUCUUGAAAAUUUUUUCCCCUUUGGGGAACGGAAAUUUUUUGAAGUUUAUAGGUUAAGUGACAUUUACAUUCAACUUCAGAUUAUGUCAAGCUCAUUCGAUAAAUAAAAAUCAUUCAUCAACAGUUCACCAUUCAAUAUUAUGUAGAUAUACUUGCAAUAUACAGGGUGUUCCUUAAUGACAUGGUAAUAUUCAAGGGGGCGAUUCUUGAGAUACAGGGUAUCAAAGUUGAACAUAAUAUACAUAGAUUCUUUUUUGUCCACCCUGUAUAGCUUCUCCUGAUGGCAAAAUGUAUUCUGAAAUGUGACUGAAACGGUGCAAAAAUUUCAAAAUGGUACAUACUGUGGUUAUCCAGUAAUGGAUGUCCUGAAUGGAGUACUCAAGCUUAGCAUUUACAUCAAAAUUUGAAGUUUGAUCUCGUUUUUUCGUUUUUUCUCGAAAAAGGAGCGUCCUAUCGGGUAUCAACAAGAGGUACAAAAUUUAAUGACUCUUUAUAGUAUUUCAUUAAAUUUUGAAGUAUUCCAUCGUUGCUCACUUUCAAGUAUAAUAUAAUCAAUUAUAUUUCCCUAACGGCGCCACUGGUAGAGAAAAUGAAAAUUUGAAAACUUAAAAAAAUGCACCUUGACGCAUAAAAGAUAUGUACCAAAUUUCAUGAAGAUGACUACAAUAUUAUUUCAGUUAUCAUUAAAAAACUGAUUUUUUUCAAAACUAUCUCACUGUAUCUCAAAAGUUGAGACUUAUAGAUAGGACAUACGUUAGUGGGAAGUUUUUUUUUGAAUGCGUUGAAGAAUUACUCCCUUGAAUAUUAGCAUGUCUUUAAGGAAUGUCUGUAUUAUAUUUCAGUGUGAAAAUUUCUUACCGAAUACCACUUUAGCUUCAAUUAAUAUCCGGGAAUUUUUUCUCCAACAGGAACAUUUAUAAAAUUCGUGUUCUCGAAAAAAUUUCCGGUAAUAAUUUAAGCUCUUAUUGUGGUAUUAUAAGUGAAAAUUCUUUUCGAAAUUCGACUUGGGCGUUAAAUUUUGCUUUACAGAUUAUGAAAAAUGGAAUUCUCGGUCGAAGACAUGUAUUUUGCUAUAUGUCUUAUGUGACUGUUUGUCAAAUUAAUCGCUGAAAUUAUAUAUAGGCUUAUUAGUUCAGAAAAAUUCAAUGAGGAAAGUUCUUUCAGCGAUAUUUUUGAAAAAACGUAACUUUUUGACGUGACUCCGACCGACUAGGGCAUUUUGAUCCAUUUUUUUGUAGCAAGACUUGAUGGGUCGAAUCUUGAAAUAAAUUAUUGAUGAAAGUAAUUCCCAUAUGAUGCCGACUUUAUGAAUAACACUGUAUGUAGAAUGAUAGGCAGUGUUAGUUAUCCAAAAAUAAUACCAGAGAAGAAAUAAAAAGUGAUUCACUAUUGCCAGGGGCUCAUGAAGUUUUUUUUUUGUUUUUGGCAUUUUUCAAUAAACUCCAUGCAUAUGUAUUCUGUCUUCCUAAUUAUGUUGAUGAAGAUGAAAAAAUUUGAAAAUAUGAUUCCUACAAUUAUUUCAUUAUUUGAAUCUGUAUUUCAAAAAUCGUCUUGUUGGCUUAUGUCUUAUGUUGGAUUAUCUAUGAAACUCUGUAUAUAAAACUGGUUAUCGGUUUUUUGAUCUUGUUUACCAAUUUUGAUGUAGGUGACUAAUAUAUUUUUAAGCUAACUUGUUAACUAUAUAGGUAGGUACUACUGCUAUAACUUCUACUCUCAUUAGACAUUAUGAUAAUUAUUCACGAUUCUUCAAUUUAUUUGGUAAGCAUUUUGUGAUAAAUUAACAUUCUGAAAUUAUUUAACUGUUAUGUUUUUCAAUUAGUAAUAAAAAACUGUUGGUCAA